GACACAGCCACUGGCAGAAACGAAGAGAUCGUCAUCCGCUGCAACAAAGGCCGACUGCCGAAGCAUGAAGUCGAGCGAAUGAUCACCGAAGCAAAAGAAUUUCAGAAAGAAGACGACAAGAAAGAGAAGCUUAGAGCUGCUCGCCAUGAACUUGAGACCCUCUGUGUUGAAGUAAAGGAUUUGAUUAGCGAGCAGAGAGACGACGAUCUUGAGAAUUUGGAGUUAGACAAUUUCUGGGGCGUCUACACUGAUACUGAGGAGUGGCUGGACGAGGCCGAACAGGCAACGGAAGAAGAGUACCGUUCCCGUUAUGAUGCUCUAGUUGAAGUCAAAGAGCGGAUGACACCGGUACUAGGCAUCGACCUCGGCACAACCAACUCGUGUGUUGCUGUUGUUCACAAUGGGCAUGUUGAGGUCAUUGCUAACGACAUGGGCAACCGCAUCACCCCAUCGUGUGUAGCAUUCACGCGUGGGGAGCGCCUCAUCGGUGAUGCUGCUAAAGCACAGGCAAUUUUCAACCCUUAUAACACCAUAUUUGAUGCCAAACGUCUCAUGGGCCGUAAAUAUGAUGAUAAAAAUGUUCAAAAACGUAUAGAACUUUGGCCGUUCAAUGUUGUGGAAUCUUCUUCUGGAGAUCCAAGAUUUCGCGUUGAAUACAAGAAUGAGACGAAAGAUUUUUCGCCAGAAGAGAUCUCUGCAAUGAUUUUAGGAAAAAUGAAAACCAUUGCCGAGACCUACAUCGGUUCUCCAGUCACAGACGCCGUAGUUACAGUGCCUGCCUACUUCAACGACUCCCAGCGCCAGGCGACCAUGGAUGCGGGUAAGAUUGCUGGUUUGAACAUCGUAUCUCUUCUCAACGAGCCCACAGCUGCCGCCAUCGCCUACGGCUUCAAUCAAAAGAAAGGCAUGAGGCAGAACGUCCUGGCGUUCGAUUUUGGUGGCGGUACUUUCGACGUAGCUAUUCUCAGUUUAGCAGAAAACGACUUUGAAGUCAUAGCUACUAGUGGUGACACCUUUCUUGGUGGCAGCGACAUCGAUGAACGUCUGAUCAAGCAUUUCAUGAAGAAAAUCAAGGAAGAACAUCGUAAGGAUAUCUCAAAACAUUCAAAGGCCUUGACUAAACUCAGAAAUGCAUGUGAACGUGCAAAGAGAAAUGUUUCAUCCGCGACACAUUCACCAGUUCUGGUAGAAGGCCUAUUCGAUGGCAUUGAUUUCCAGUCGACCCUCAGUCAAGCUCGUUUGAAUAAACUAUGUUCUGAUCUCUUCGACAAAACGAUUGACCUCGUCGAAGAAGUCCUAAAAUCCUCGAAAAUGGUAGUGGGUGACAUCGACGAAAUAGUUCUAGCUGGAGGUUCCACUCGGAUUCCUAAAAUUCAAGAGCUCCUACAAAAGAAGUUCAAUAACAAGAAGCUAAACAAAAAAAUCCACCCCGAUGAAGCAGUGGCUUACGGAGCAGCACUGUACGCGGCUUCUACAUCAGGUGACAAGACAAUUGAAAACAUAACGCUCGUAGACGUCACCCCAUUGACACUGGGGAUAAAUAUUCUUGGGAAUAUGACGAAAAGCAUUAUUCCACGCAAUACCAAACUUCCUGCUAUAAGAACUGGGAAGUUUGUGACAACAGUUGAUGGUCAAUCGGGAGUGGAUAUCAAAGUGUACGAAGGAGAAAGACUCCGUAGCGACGAGAACAACUUGCUGGGUGAGUUCGCUCUUGAAAAUAUCCAACAAGCUAAGAAAGGUGUCCCACAAAUAGAGGUAACUUUCGUUGUCGACAAGAAUGGAAUUUUGACUGUGACCGCUGAGGACGCAGCCACUGGCAGCAACGAAGAGAUCGUCAUCCACUGCAACAAAGGCCGACUGCCGAAGAAAGAAGUUGAGCGAAUGAUCGUCGAAGCAAAAGAACUCGAGAAAUGUGACAAAAAUAUGAAAAAACUCCGUGCUUCUCGACACGAACUUGAGAUCCUCUGUAUUGAGCUAAAAGACUUAAUUAGCGAGCAGAGAAACAACAAUCUUCUACAAAAAGAAGAUGCCGUCAGCUUCUUGGGUGUCUGCACGGAUACUGAGGAGUGGCUGGACGAAAACGAACAAGCUGCAGAGGAAGAAUAUCGGUCCCGUCGUAGCGCUCUUCUUAAAGUCAAGGAACGCGUGCUGUAGUUACUAGGUUUCUUCACAAUGACGAGGUUCAUACUCCUCUUUCUUUUUGUUUACAUGUGCACAAUAAAUUAAACAGUUUUCAAAUCCUCUGCAAUGUAUUGUACUCUAAUGGUCUAAAUUGAGCUUUUAUUAUUAAAACUAACUGGAUUACAAUAAUUUUUCAUGGACCGAUCCAUAUAGAUAGAUUAUGCUUGUUGACACAGGCUUGAUAUUAUUCAAAAAUCAUAUCCUUUCAAGUCUAUUCUUAUUUUAAACGAAUAAAGAAUAUCCCGUUAAUCUGUAAUAUAUCCUCCUACGGUGUAAAUGAUAUGCUACAGGAUUCUUAGAAGCCAUAGAUAAUAAUUAUAGGAAACUGAACCUACCGCCACCUUGUCGACAACUUGGUCAGAGAAAACGGUCAGAUUAUCAAGGGAAAUUACAAAAUACUCGGAUGAACUCAAUUGUUACUCAACUUGCAUCGUGAUCAUACCAGUACUAUCUGCUGCAUGUUCACUUAUUUCCCUUUCAACAAGCCCAGGCGUUUAGCCGCAGUGUAAAGCCAAAUAGAACUGUCGAUGUGCACUUAAUUGCGUUGCUACCCGAACCAUCAGUUUAGUUCUUACUAAUGGUGCGCAAAAAUUUUACGUUCCUGCUUUUAUUUUGUUGUUUAUCUUAUCAUUUGAAAGUCGAAACAGAAAUUUUACAGCAUUAAAAUCACUUAUUCGAUGAUAACUGUUCUGACUUUGCCGUCUUGAACUCCUAUAUUAAGAACAGCAUAUGCAUGUGACGAAGCCAAUCCUGUACCUCGCACCUGAUUUCUUUACCAUAUAAAUUAUUGUUAAGUUUUCUUAUCGUAAUUGUGACGCUUAUUUCAAUCAUAAUA